GCCAACAGGCCUCCUGCAGUGUUCUGCCUGUCUUAUAUACCAUUCGUACACAACUGUCUUACGCUGUUAAGCCGUCAUUGGCCCUGAUAAACCCCAACAAGAAGCAGCAGCAGCAUCAGCAGUGCUGUCGUUACUUUCUUGUUAGACUUCUCUACAGUCAUGGCAGGAAGGGCAGGCUUGACGGCCAAACAAGCGGCUGCUGCCCACUUGAGACUUCCUCCACUGCCCUCCACACGUGACCUUGUCAAGCUCUACAAACUGCGAGCUGUGAAACAACUGAGCCAGAACUUUCUAAUGGAUCAUAAAUUAACCAGCAAAAUAGUUAGGAGUAGUGGGCGUGUUCGAGACUGUCAUGUAUGUGAAGUUGGGCCAGGGCCAGGAGGCAUCACGCGCAGCAUUCUGGAACAAGGAGCAGCACAACUCACUGUUAUAGAAAAGGAUCCAAGAUUCCUGCCAACAUUGGAAAUGUUGAAAGAUGCUUCAAAAGGAAAACUUGAUAUUGAAUUAGGUGAUGUUCUUUCAUUUAAUAUGGAAAAAAUAUUCUCUUCAGAUCUUAGACAGCCAUGGGAUGGUCAUCUUCCAAAAAUUCAUCUGAUAGGAAACCUCCCUUUUAAUGUAGCGACGCCUUUGAUUAUCCGCUGGUUAAAAGACAUUAGUCUAAAGCAUAAUGCUUGGGUGAAUGGUCGUGUAUGCAUGACACUCACGUUUCAGCUUGAGGUAGCCCAGCGCAUGGUAGCACCACCAGGACAUGUGCAAAGAUGUCGUUUAUCUAUUAUGUGCCAAAACUGGUGUCAUGUAGUACAUAAAUUUACAAUUCCUGGUCGAGCAUUUGUGCCAAAACCAGAUGUGGAUGUUGGCAUUGUUCACUUUAUUCCUAGAAUUGAGCCACAGAUACCUCUAGAUUUUGGGUUAGUUGAGAAAGUUAUACGCUGCAUCUUCUCUUUUAGGCAAAAGUAUUGUAAGAGGGGCGCUGGUUUGCUUUUCCCAGAGUCUCAACGGGAUGAACUAGUGGAAAAGAUGUUUACAGUUGCAGAUGUAAACCCUACUCUGCGACCAUUCCAACUCGCAUUGUCUGAAUUUAACCGCCUGUGUCAUACAUAUGCUGCCAUUUUGGAACAACAGCCAUCUCUAGAAAAAUUCAAUUCCCGAGAGAGAAAAAUAAUCAAGGAUGACGUCGAUUAUGACAGUGAUGGUAAUGAAAUAUGAACGAGUGUAAAUACUACGUACAUGUAUUUUGAUGUAGUGUGUUAUGAGAGCCUCAGCUCAGUCUAAAUUAACAACUGGGCCAGGGAUUCCAUGCUUCAAAACUAUGUGACUAAGCACUUAUAGUUUUACUUGCUGAUAUUUUGUCUAGAGUACAUUUAUAAAACUUACUAAAGAGAAAUGAGAUCUUAAUGUACAGUAUACUAAAUAUUCUUUCAUGAGUGAGCUGUAAAUGUUGGUAAUUAUGUAUUAGUUUGAUUAUAGCUGAAAUGUUCUAUAUCAUAAAAUGAAGUUUAACCUGAUGCAGUACAGUAUACUUUUAAAAUAUGGAAAAUCAAAAUUUGGAAUGAUGGUGAAAAUGUUUGGUUCUUUUUAUUUUGAGUUGUCCUGCCUCAGUGGGAGAUGGCCAACUUGUUGCUAAAAAAAAAAUUCUUAAUUAAAUUUCAUGUUUUCAUUAUGUAUUGCAAUGUUUUUCUACAGAAUGUACACAUAUACAGUUUAACAAAAAGUGUAAGAAAUUUAUUUGUUCCUAGGCAACUUCUAUACUGUAUUGUGUUUAUGCUAUGUUGUAACUGUUUGUAUGUACGUAAUACUGUACAUAACUUUUUAACUUACAGUUUUGUUUAGUACAAUAUUUUAAUUAAAUUAGAAACACAUGAA